ACUGCAGAGAACACUGAGAUAAUCAAACACACCCUCAUACAUGCACCCAGGGAACACCAGUCACUGCCCACUCUCUACGGUCCGACUCUUCUGAGCCUAAUUCACUCCCUGAAUCUUCUUCUCUUGCGGUUUUCUUGAUAGGGACGGAUAGAAACCAGGAUCAUCCAGUCGUCUGUGUUUCUUGACAACUCAAGCUGGAGAAGAGAAGGUGGAAGAUGAUGGAAGCAAGGCCCAGAUGGACCCCACGAUGGCCGGAUUGGCGGCUCUCUGUUUGUGUGCUGCUUUUCUGUAUGUUUGGGAUGGCGGUGGGCCGCAGGGCUUCCAAAACCCCUCGGUGUCCAGCCACCUGCUCCUGUACUAAAGACAGCGCCUUCUGCGUGGACACCAAAACCAUUCCCAAGAGUUUCCCGCCAGGAAUCAUCUCCCUGACUAUGGUGAACGCUGCUUUCUCAGAGAUUCCUGAAGGAGCUUUUUCCCACAUGCACCUACUGCAGUUCCUGCUGUUGAACUCAAACACAUUCUCACUGAUUUCUGAUGAUGCUUUCGCCGGUCUUGGACACCUGCAGUACCUAUUUCUUGAGAACAACGACGUCCAAGCUCUGUCAAAGCACACAUUCAGAGGACUGAAGUCUCUGACACAUCUGUCUCUGUCCAACAACAACCUGCAGGUCCUUCCCAGAGAUCUCUUCGAACACCUGGACAUCCUCACUGACCUAGACCUGCGAGGGAACUCGUUCCGUUGUGACUGUAAGAUCAAAUGGCUGAUUGACUGGAUGGAGAAGACCAACACCUCAGUUCCCGCCAUAUACUGCGCCAGUCCUUUUGAGUUCCAGGGUCGACGCAUCCAUGACCUUACACCACGCGAUUUCAACUGCAUCAGCGCAGAUUUUGCGGUGUAUGAGACAUACUCAUUCCAGUCCCUGUCUGUGGAGUCAUACGAGUUUAGCGAUGACCAGUAUGUAGUUUUCUCUCAGCCCAACACUGGAAUCUGCACCGUGUUCAUUUGGGAUCAUGUGAACAUGCUUUUCAAGACACAUUACAACAUCACAUCUCGUUCAGCUGUGUAUUGUAAACCUGUGGUUAUCAACAACACUCUCUACAUGGUUGUGGCUCAGCUCUUUGGAGGAUCCCACAUCUACAAAUGGGAGGAAGGUCCAUUGCGUUUCGUCAAAAUCCAGGACAUCGACACCACCCGUGUCCGUAAACCCAACUUCAUCGAGACAUUCCAGAUUGAAGGAGACUGGUAUUUCGCAGUAGUUGACAGCUCUAAAGCCGGAUCCACCAGUCUGUACCGCUGGAACAGUAAUGGCUUUUACUCACACCAGUCCCUCCAUCCCUGGCACAGAGACACUCACAUCGACUUCCUAGAGGUGGACGGCAAACCUCGACUCAUACUCUCUAGCGCCUCGCAGCCCCCAGUGGUGUAUCAGUGGAACCGCAGCCAACGCCAGUUUGCCUACCACUCUCAGAUCACCGAAUCAGGCGAUGUGCAGAUGGUGAAGCACUUCUGGGUUCGAAAAGUGCUGUAUCUCUGCCUCACGCGCUUCAUAGGAGACUCGAAGAUCCUGCGGUGGGACAACCAGCGCUUCGUAGAGAUUCAAACCCUGCCGUCACGGGGCUCAAUGGCUGUGUAUCCGUUCAGCGUUGGAGUGAGGCAGUACCUUCUGCUGGGAAGCGAUUAUUCGUUCUCCCGGAUCUAUCUGUGGGAUGAGCUCAUUCAAAGAUUUCAGCCCUUCCAGGAACUGAACAUGCUUGCGCCUCGAGGCUUUAGCUUGAUCUCUGUUGACAAUAAGGAUAUUCUGUUAGCUGCCAGUUUUAAAGGAAAGACCAUGGCCUACCAGCAUCUAGUGGUGGACCUCAGUGCCAAAUAGGCAGCUGGAGUGGUUUUGUAUAAGUGCGUAAAUGCCAAGAAGUGAAAAACUUUUCUGCAUCUGCAUUAACACAUGAAUUGAUUCUAUCAUUGCUAAAUACUCAUACACAAGUUACUGUGUAAGCCAUCAUCAACUCAAUAAAUAUAUGUUAAAACUUUAAACUGAUUACCAAUCUUUGGGUCUUUAAAUAGACAAAAUUAGUGCUGUCAAAUGAUUAAUCACGAUUAAUCACAUCCGAAAUAAAAGUAUUUUUUACAUAUGUGUGUGUGCUGUAUUUAUUACGUAUAUAUAAAUAGGCACACAUACAUGUAUAUAUUUAAGAAAAAUAUGUUGUUUAUAUAUUAAAUAUAUUUAUAUGUAAAUUAAAUUAUAUGAAUAUAAAUAUAUGCAUGUAAAUAUUUUCUAAAUAUAUACUGUAUGUGUGUGUAUUUAUAUAUAUAUACAUAAAAAUACGCACACAUAUUAUGUAAACAAAAUCUUAAAAUUUGGAUGCAAUUAAUUGCGAUUAAUCGUUUGACAGCACUGACCUAAACAUUUACCAUAUGCAUUGCAAUAAGAACAUAUUUCUUUGAUAGGAUGUACAAUGUUCAGUUUCAUAUCAAAAAGGUGAAUUAUAUUUUUAGACAGAUGUUACUCCCUGAUUCGCAUAUCAUCAUAACAUGAACAUGUCUGAAAAUACUUUAAGAAAAUUGUGUUACUAAGAAAAAUAGCAAGUUUCAUGUCCUUUACUCAGUUGAUCUUGACUGUUAAGGCUUCGCUUUAAGGAUUUUCUAUGCAGAUUGUUCUCUGAAAAUGGAUGACAAUUACUAACUGGCAGGUCAUUAUAAAUCUGCUGUCAUCAGCAUGCAUUGCAGUAAAUGACUGUGGUGGAAAUGUCAUAAGAUGUGUCACAAAAUAAAGUUGAAAUACCUAUCUGUUUAUCUUGCA